GGAGCUGAAAAAACAUUUAAUCAAGUUUGUGCGGACUGUCUCCCACUCACAAAACAGUGCGAAGGACUUUGCAUUGGCACUCAUUGUACUUGUGUGGCUGGAUAAUAGGUGAGUAAGGGAAAUUCUACGCUUCUCAAAAUCCUUAGCGUUUUUCUACAUGUAAAGUUUGUUUUUAGAAUGGUUUUGAACUUCAGGCAAAACCCCUCAAAUGCUUACUGAAGGAUAUCUGUGGUUUUCUAUUUUACUCAACUAGCCAGCGAAGUUUGGAAGCGCGCGCUGUGAUGCAGUUGCUAUUUAGCUAGCUAAAACUUGAUGCAAUCAAACAAAUUUAAAUAUACUUUAUUUUUGUGGUCGUAGCAAGGCACUUAGAUUGUUCGGUAUGAUAAGGAACAUUUCCGCCCAGAAAAUACUUUUUGGGUACUUCUUUCAGACAUAACAUGCUAAAAUGUAACAUCGUGCUAGCUAGUUGGCUGGCUAUGUUGCACGAUGCAUUCCAUACUUGCAGCCAUUGACUGCGCUAGCCUAGCUAACGUCGUUACUAAACUCUUAACUUCGAUCAGCCUGGCAGAAAUAGUUUAAGUAACCUUUCGGUGUUUUAUUUAUGACUAACAGGUUUCGUAUCAUUCUGAUGACAAAUGUAUCAGUGUUUAAAUGGUUUUCUCGUACUUAUGGACAACAUUUGUUGGGGGGGAUUUGGUUUAGGCGGGAAACAAAAUGGAGGGAUGCUUAUUGUCCUGGCGGUAUGGCCACAAUGAAGCAGGAACUCAAUCGGAUUAGCGCGGUUUCGCGUCCUUGGGCUGUCCGUGGAUUGGUUUGCCGGCUUGUUUACUCAGUGGUACCAUCCGAAUACAUUAUAUUUUUAGAGGUUUUAUUCAAUUUUUGCUUAAUAUUGUUUUUACUUAUUUUUCAGAAUAUAGCAGCCAUGCCGGGUAAAGAUCCUAAUAAGCCGAAAGGAAAGACUUCUUCCUAUGCGUUCUUUGUUGCGACGUGCCGGGAAGAACACAAGAAAAAACACCCAGGAACUUCAGUGAACUUUUCCGAGUUCUCAAAGAAAUGCUCAGAGAGGUGGAGGGUAAGUUCUGACUGAGCCGCCGCCAUGUAAAAGUUGUUUUUCCGGGGGGAGGGGGGCGGGGCAAAGCGUGCCUACGAAACAGUUAGCAAAUCGAUGUAUCAAAUGGUGGGGAUUUGGAGCAACAUGGAGGCUUACGCAUUUUUCUGUUUUCCAGACCAUGUCUGCAAAAGAGAAGGUCAAGUUUGAGGACAUGGCCAAGGGUGACAAAGUCCGUUAUGACAAGGACAUGAAGGGUUAUGUGCCCCCCAAGGGCUCUAAGGCAGCAGGAAAGAGAAAGAAGGACCCCAAUGCCCCCAAGAGGCCGCCGUAAGUACUUCACUUAGAACUCUACAGAAAUCAAUACAGUUGUAUAUGUUCAGAUUUUGGAACUAAAUGUGUUCUCAACAUUCUAUCCCCAAUAGAUCUGCAUUUUUUGUGUUCUGCGCUGAACACCGUGGCAGAAUCAAGGCCGAUAACCCAGGCAUGGGCAUUGGAGACAUCGCCAAGCAGCUGGGUCUGCUGUGGGGCAAGCAGACUCCCAAAGACAAGCAGCCACACGAGGCAAAGGCUGCCAAGCUGAAGGAGAAGUAUGAAAAGGUAAGGUCCACUCCAGAACCACUUCAACUACCACUUAUAGAACACAUGUCAUAAAACAUCCAAGUCCAUUUUUGUUAACUGAAGUGUUUGUUGUAGGAUGUUGCUGCCUACAAGGCUAAGGGAGGCGCAGGUGCAACUGCUAAGAGUGGACCCGGCAGGCCAGUAGUUGGCAAGAAGGCAGCGCCCAUGGAUGAUGAUGAUGACGACGAUGAGGAGGAUGAUGAUGAGGAAGAUGAGGAAGAUGAUGAGGAUGAUGACUAAACUGCCUGGAAACUUGAGCUGGAGUAUUUGCAAAACAAUGUGAACCUUACAAUGUAACAUUUAUAGCAUUUUGGAUUUUUCAGAACAUGUACAGUGAUGUGCAAUGGCUGCAAUAAUGCAUACAGGGGUCAUAUUGUGCUGUCUUGUAAAUUUAACAGCUCUUAUUCUCAAAGCACUGCUUGUUUUGUCUUUGGAUGGUGGCAUGUUCUUUUCCGCCCUAUAUUGAUAUCGUUUCCACUGCCGUUUUAAGAAAUACAAGGAACAAUGUGUAGACGUUUGCAACCCAUUUUUAACGUGGAGCUUAAAUUGUUUCAGUGUAGAAUGAUUUCUUUUUAUAAUAAAAUUUUGUUUUGUAUAUUAUGAUUAACUCUUGCCUCGUUGAUGACUACAAGUUAGACACAGGCUGCGUUUAGACAAGCAGCCCAACUCUGAUAAUAUGCAAUUUAGCAGACUCUUUUAUCCAAAGUGACUUAGUCAUGUGUGCAUACAUUUUUAGGUAUGGGUGGUCCCGGGGAUCGAACCCACUACCCGUUGAGCCCCCCCCACUUAUGAGGUUUGGCUAUCCUAAGUUGAAUGCACCAAUUGUAAGUCGCUCUGGAUAAGAGCGUCUGCUAAAUGACAACUCUUUCUGAUCAGUCAAAAGCCCACUUGGUGGGAGGAAUUCUUUACCAAGAAUCCAUCCACCUGACAAGUGUGGCAUAUCUAGAAGCUGACUACACAGGUGCACCUUGUGCUGGGUACAAAAGGCCAGUUUCGUCAACAAAAUGGCAUGUCAAGUUGAGGGAGUGCAAUUGCUGACAGCUGGAAUGUCAAAGGCCUGCAUAGGCACCCCACAUUGAGCAUGUUUGGGAUGCUCUGGAUUGAUAAAGUUCCUGCCAAUAUCCAGCCGUUGAAGAGCGGGACAGCCUGAUCAACUCUAUGCGAAAGACAUGAUGCAAAUGGUGGUUACACCAGACAGACUGGUUUUCUGAUCCACGCCCCUACCUUAAAAUGUGAACAACCGAUGCAUAUCUGUAUUCCCAGUCAUGUGAAAUCCAUGUAGAAGGGAGGCUUUGGUCAUGUUGAUCAGACUAGCUCGCUGUAAGGUUGAUGUUCACCUUGUGGUAACAAGGUCUACAACCAAACAAGUGAAUAGCGUAUAGAUGGUCUGAGGGAAAUGCAUGUCUAUAAUCCUGUAGGUAAGAAUCCAACCUCAAAUCCACUGCAGUUGGAGUGGUUGAGGUAUUUGCUUUUGAAUAGAUAACAUGCAAAUGAGACCAUGGUUAUCUGGGGGAGGGGUGAGGACCCCAAAAUCUGGGGGAUUUAGUGUAAUCAGACCUUAACACAAGGUUCAAAAGAGGCAUGAAUAUAAUAGGCCUAUCACAAUUGAGCACAAUAAAAAGCCCCUAUUGUACAACUUGGAUAAAUAAAAUUGUCAUUUCAAGGAAGAGGGGCAAAAGUAGUUGGUAAAAAGGUUCAAUUUAUUGCCAUCAGUACAGUUCCAGACAAUAUUUUUUAUAAGUUAGAUAUUUACACCUUCAUCCAAGGCCCACUGCAUAGCUCAAUGUUUUAGAAAUACAUAUAUUUACAUUAUUUAAAAAAUGCAUACUUAUCACAUCAUACCCCAAAGAAAAAUAUUUCUUAAUUUUGCUUUGAACAAAUUGGUGUCUGAUUCUGGUUGCUUUGUAGUCAUCAUUCAACAACAUUUACAUACCAAGCUGGAAAUAUAUAAAAACAAUCAAAUAAAAACCUUUCUUUAUAUACCCAUUUGAAAUUCACCAGUUAGAGCCGAUGUGUUAAAAAAACAUCCAGUGUUCAUACUUGACCAUGAUUCAUGAGUGGACUUAUCCAUCUAGCCUGGUCCCAGAUUGGUUUGUGCUUUCUUGCCAAUUAAACACCUAUGGGUCAUUGUACAAACAGAUCUGGGACCAGGUUAUAAUCCAUUGCAGCUUUCAAAAACAUAAGAUUCUUAGGAACCUAGCUUGAGUGGGCAGUUUAUUACACGACUACUAGAAGUGGUUUUGAAUUGUUGAAAUGUUCAAUUCUGCACAUUGAUUAAUGAAUCCUCCACCAAUGUUAAGUUAGAAAAAUUCUCAGACCCCUCAGUAAUAUCCCAAAGACCCCAGUAAGAUGUAAAGAUCGAGAGAAGAGAGCAAGAACGUGUAAACAUCUACAACUGAAAAAAAGUCCAAUUCUCCAAGUGUGUACGGAGAAGUAUCUUUCGUGGGACAUAGUUGAGAGAGCACAUUAUCCCCUAUAUAGUGCAUUGCUUUUGACCAGGGCCCUUACGUAGGGGCGUCAUUUCAGCUAAACCUACACAAUUUAAGAACUCUAAAAAGCUAUUUGGAGACAGCGAAAACAAGCAGAAUUGACUCCAGCCACUAUCAUCUUAGUUGUAGCUUCAUUCCCCUCAGUAAAUAAGGGACUUCACUUUCUACAAACAUGUCAUACAGCAAUUAGCUGCUAAGCACUAGCUCAGCACCGGCAUUAAAAACGAGUUAAAUUUCAUGUGAAGUCAAGCGGCAGUUACUUAGCCAUCUUCCACCUCUGCACUGUUUUAAGACAAAAGUCAUGCUGUUCAUUACAGCUGCCUCAGCUCAAUGUGCUCUAGCCAGGCAAACAGUAUUUCCACCCACUCUGAGGCCUGCCAGCUAUUACCACUAAAACUGCAUUUGCCUUUUAAUGGGGAUUGGAAUGAUUUUAGUAGCCCAUUUAAAAAUAGUUGGUGGUGAGCUAGGGUAUGGUGAUUGCCAUACACAAUUGACACACCUGCCCAUAGGGCUCUGGUGAAAAGUAGUGCACUAUAUAGGGAAAUCGGGUGCCAUUUUGGACACAAACAACCUCUCAAUGCUGCAGACAGUUGAAGUGCAGUGUUUGACACCCUAUCCUGUUGAGUGAGUUCCAGUAGGAGUUAAGUACCCUCUGUGGGGCCGUAGCUUUAAACCGCUACAAUAUUGUUCAUCUCCCACUUUUGUGUGCUCUUGCUGGUGUCACAGUCUGCGAUGAAGACCUUGUGGAGAACGUCCGACCGAUCCAGGCACCUCCCCGUGGGGACGUGGGUGAAUCUGUGGAGGUCCUGGGAGGGAAAUGAAAAAGUGAGUUCACUUACACUACAUAUAUCCUCACAUACAGUACCAGUCAAAAGUUUGGACACCUACUCAUUCCAGGAUUUUUCUUUAUUUGGACUAUUUUCUACGUUGUAGAAUAAUAGUGAAGAUAUCAAAACUAUGAAAUAACAUAUGGAAUCAUGUAGUAACCAAAAAAGUGUUAAAUCAAAAUAUAUUUUAUAUUUGAGAUUCUUCAAAUAGCCAACCUUUGCCUUGAUGACAGAUUUGCACACUCUGCUAAUGUAAAAAAUAGUAAAAAUAAAGCAAAACCCUUGAAUGAGUAGGUGUGUCCAAACCUUUGACUGGUAGUGUACAUGCUAAUAAGCUUUGUUCAGCAGUACCAUCUCAAGAUGUAGCGCGAUAGGAAAACCUCAUAA